AUGGCACGCGCUGCAGCUACCCUUCAGCUCCUGCUGGUCGCCGUGGUGGCAGCGAUGCUCCUCGCAGCGCCUCACACCGCCGACGCGGCCAUCUCCUGCGGCCACGUGAACGCCGCCCUCAGCCCCUGCAUCCUCUACGCGCGCGGCCUCGCCGGCGCCCCGUCCGCGGCUUGCUGCGGCGGCGUCAAGAGCCUCGCCGCGGCGACGAAGACCACUGCCGACAGGCGCGCCGCAUGCAGCUGCCUCAAGAUGGCCGCCAGCCGCAUGACCGGGCUCAACAACGGCAACACCGCCAACAUCCCGGCCAAGUGCGGCGUCAGCGUCCCCUACGGCGAUAUCAGCGCCUCCGUCGACUGCUCCAAGGUCAAUUGA